AUGGCUUGUGCCACUGCAUGGUCCCCAGCAGACCAAGAUGGAUUUAUUUGUAUCUACCCUGAUUAUUUAAAUAAUAAGAAAACCAUCACAGAGGGGAGGCAGAUCCCGAUAAGUAAGGCUGUUGAAAAUCCUACAGCUACCGAGAUUCAAGAUGUAUGCUCAGCAGUUGGACUCAAUGUAUUUCUUGAGAAAAAUAAAAUGUACUCUAGGGAAUGGAAUCAUGAUGUUCAAUACAGAGGCAGAGUCCAGGUCCAACUUGAGCAGGAAGAUGGCAGCCUCUGCCUGGGACAGUUCCCAUCGUGUAAAUCAGUAAUGUUGUAUGCAGCAGAAAUGGUACCUAAACUGAAAACAAAGACACAGAAAACAGGAGGUGGUGACCCAAACCUUCAGCAAGGAGAGGGAAGUAAAAGAGGAAAAGGAAAGAAGAAGAAGUGA